CCUCCAUUUUGACGUGUUGUCUACGUUACUAGCCUGUAGCGCAUAGCGUAGAGUAACUCACCAAUUCCUUUGCACCGAGCGCUACACAUACUCACAGAAGAUCACUGUAAAAUCGGUUAACCCGUGCUCUCUAACAGUCACACUGUGAAAAGGAUGCCCCAAACGUUGGUACCUAGAAUCCGGUCUGAGUUCCCCAGUGUGGAUGGCACACCGACCCACGUGCUGAAGUGUGGAGACUUUCCGCCGGACCAAGACAAGAAAAUCUUGUACCUUAUCAUUCCAGGAAACCCGGGAGUUGUUGGUUAUUACGACAAGUUUAUGAGAGAACUGUACAGGGCACACGGAGGGCGCAUUCCCGUCUGGGGCGUGGCACAUGCUGGUCACGUCAUCCUCCCAGAUCACGUCAGAAGUAAAAACUCAGAUGCAUCAAAAGGACCCUACGGUCUCCACGACCAAAUCACACACAAGAUCUCCUUCAUCAAGAACCACGUCCCACGUGACGCAAACCUCAUCCUGAUUGGUCACUCCAUCGGCUGCUACAUGAUGCUGGAGAUCCUCAAGCGCUGUCCUGAGGUCAACGUCCUGAAGGGCGUUCAACUCUUCCCCACCAUAGAACACUUGAAGGAGACCCCCAAUUGCAGUCGGAUGAUGUGGAUGAUGCCUUUACUCUCGUUCUUCCAAUGGCUGGCAGUGUUCCUGGCGUUCUUGGUGUCCUUUCUCCCCGAUGUCAUCAAGCGUUGGCUGCUGAAGUUAGUCUUUGUGGGUUAUAAACUUGACCAAGGGGCAGUGGAAGCUAGCCUGAACCUUUUUGAUCCGAACGUGAUAAACACCUGCCUUUUUCUGGGAUACCAGGAGUUUACCCAGGUGAGGGAACCAGACCUGCGCUGUAUCCGUCAGCACCUGGAAAAACUGAUCUUCUACUAUGGCGCCACUGACGGCUGGGCACCUGUCAGCUUCUAUCAGAGGAUGAAGAACACCUUCCCUCAGGGAGAUAUCCAUUUGUGUGAACGAGGGCUUCAGCACGCGUUCGUUCUGGAGGGGAGUGCAGAGAUGGCAGGGAUCGUGGCCGGGUGGAUAGAGCAAGCCACUGCUGCAGAGGGUGGGAGAGCAAUUGAUACCUGAUGAUGACAAGAACUACCCUAAACGAAAACUUGUGCUAUUUUUAAUGACACACGAUAUUGUUCUUUUAUUGAGUUUUCAUAGAUAAAUAACAGAAAAAGCGGGUGAAACAUGCGACGAAAACAGAAAUUCAAAUCUUGCGUAAUAUAAAUUUUAAGUUUUCCAACGAG